AUGUCAAUAAAGGUCGAAUCACACCACGUGAGAAGCGUGAAGAAACUUUUGCGCUACGCGUUUGCCCCAAAGCUCACUUUUUUACCAAGUAAAUUACUUCGUCUACAAUUGGACGAAACACUUCCUAAGAUAUUUUCCGAGGCAAGUCCACUCACUUUAAUUGGGACCACGUCACACCCUGUUGUUCUGUGUUCAUUAUUUCCUGACAUCCACUCAAUACAAAAGAAUAAGAUACUCCCAGACUCGUAUGAUAAGAAGUACAUCACCGAUUGGUACGCUUCUUAUCGGUGGGGAGCAUCAGUUGAACCUAUUUCAGACCCGACAGAAAACACGGGAUACCCUAUAGCCGUUGUAUUGGCGUGUUCCGACACCGACUGCAAUGGCGAUACCGUCAGUGCACUCGCAGGGUUAUCCACAGAUGAAGAGCAACUUGUACGCCUCAAGUCGGAAACAAGUGAGAAGAUAUACAUGUGCUUUUCCUCCAAAGAUGACAUCAAGUUUCGGACGCAGUGGAAGUACACUAUUACAGUGAAUAUCAAUGAGAAAAGUAGUAUUGAAAAUGCACGGAAAAGGCUAGUGGAUAUGGUCUAUGAAAUCGCAAAUGCAAAGUUACGCGACCUCGAAGAGACGGAACAGAGCACCACCGGAGUCAUUGGCCUCAUGCGCGGGUUCUUCACUGACGCCGCUCUUCUUCAGGAACAAAAAGAGCGGAGUACAACGUAUAGGAACAUUCAUAUGCAAAUUGGAGACUUGGCUUAUUCAAUAGGAAAUUAUAUAAAAGCUAUUGAAAACUAUACGAAAGCACUUCCCGAGUUUUCAAGUCAUUUAAGACAGCAGAAUGGAUGUCAUGAAAUGCUUGGCUACUCUCUUUUUAUGGUCGGAAAGUCCUUUGCGAUACACACAACAACGGCCUUUGAGUAUUUUAUGAAGAGCUCUUUAAUAUGCCAAAAUGCGGCAGACAGUGACUUCUGCUUGGCAAAGCGAAUUGGAAUGAAUUUUGGUGCUAUGGUCAAAGGGAAAAGGUGGGAAGACCAUUUUGAGAAAGUCAUUCAAAUGCCAAAUUUGUCUCCUCUUUUUUCUGCCCUCAUUCACGAACAAAUUGGGAUCCAUUGGAUCGACUCGUGUCCAAGAAAGUCGGCGAUGUUUUUAAUGAUAGCAGCAAAUCAGUAUUUCAGUGCAGAUGAGAGACUCGGGGGGUUUCGAUGCACGCAAAAAGAGACGGACUCACUCGCUCUCAUUUUACAAGCUUGUGACGCUAAGAUCAAAGAUAACAACACACUUGCAUUGUAUCCACCAAUUGGUGUUAUUGUCAACUCUGCGGUAAGUACUGUCGCUAUCAACGAAAUCGCGAUGUUCAAUAUUUCAAUUACGAAUCAGCACAACUCGCCACUUAAAAUAGAUUUUGUUAGAUUGGACAUAGAGAGUGGGGAGAAGUCUGAAAGUUUCAAUAUUGAUGCGGACGCCACGACUGCUGUCACUGUAAAGUGUUCGUUUCAAAAAGUUGGUAUUUCGACACUUCAAGGUGUUUAUGUUAAUAUGUACAACUACACAAUCUUUGUACCAUUUGCAGAUAAUCUGAAAGUCAAAGUGACUCCAUCUAAGAUACCAAUUCAAAUCACAGUGGAUACCCCAACAAACGUUUUUACAGGUGAAAUAGUCCAAACUACACUUACACUAGAAAACAUCAUUAAUUCUUCUCUUCAAAAUGUGGUAUUAAAAAUCACACCCGGUGGUGUCGUGUGUGGUGGAGUAUUUGAUUCUCCCUACAAAAAGUUUAAUAUCAACGAAUUGAAUGUGAAAGAGAAGAAGUCAAUAACAGUCGAACAUUUAGUGACUAAAGAGUCCGAGCACCUUUCUUUUGUUAUUGAAGCGGAGAACCAGAAUUAUUGGGAAAAGGAGAUUUGGUAUUCGAUCACCUCUCCUCUGUUAUUACAAUCGCAAUUGAUGGGAAGAAUUACUUCUGCACAAGAAGUUGACGUGCGUUUUGAAAUGAAGUCGAACAAGACAAUCACUUUACUCUCAUUGCGAUUGUUGUCGAAGACAUGGUCUAAUUUAAGAAUCACUAAUAACUUGAACAAAAACACAUUCUCUGGAAAGGACGCUUUUGAAGUCCGUGUGGAGACGACUCAACAACUAAAGUUAACACCAUUUGAUGUGUACUUUAAUGAUAUACAAACUAAAGACUUUUCUAAAUACGACCAUUUGGCUCUUCAAUAUUUGAAGAUGGAAUAUCCAACGAUAUUGGAGGAGGUCGUAGACAACGUCUGUAUGCUCUUUUGGAAAUGUGACGAGAAUGUCUGUGUGAGUAUCGUCGAUUUCGUUCCUGCUAUUUUACAUCGAAAUAACCAAACGUAUCCAUAUCAAUUCGUUCACAACCAAUUACUACAAUACUCAAAAGUCGCUCAAUUAUCGAAACACACUUACUUGCUCGCAGCACUACACACGUCAUUUGUGGGACACUUCGUGCAAUUCCCAGAGAAACUUGAAUACAACUUGUUACAACCCAUCCCCGUGGCUGUACACUUCUUUAACACUACAAAGUUGAUUGUGCAUAUCAAACUCUUUGCAUCAUCACCAUUAAAUCCAUUGGUCAUUCUACAAGAUAUGAAAGAUAUGCCUGUUUCUGCACUUUGGUAUGGACCGAUUGGAGAUCAAUGCACAAUAGAACCAUUUGUUGAAAAGGUCGUUGACUUGUCUGUCGUGUUCUUGUCAUUCGGAGAACACACACUACCACCAAUAUAUUGGAGAUACGCUUUUGAAGAACAUGUCUGGAGUGAUCCCAUUCCUCUUAAUAUUUAUUUACACUCAAUCAACUUACUGCAAGAUGUUGAGCAACUUGGUUGCAUUGAGUAA